AAUCAGCACUUUUUCCCCAUUUAGAGCAAAGCUAAUCAGCACCGACGGUAGUGUGAAAUUUCUGCUUGCACCUGGCCGUUUUUCGAGCGCUAUCAGAAAUCAGAAGUGUUGGUCGCGUGGGAUGUCACCGGGGAAGAUUUUUUUUCAAAAAAUAUGAAUUGCCUCUAUAAUGAUGGUGCAAAGUGUGGCCAAUAAAGCGAAUCUUACAAACUCAUCGUACAGGUGAUUCAGACGUGUACCGCGUAUUGCACUACAGCGACAGUUGCAAAACUGUAUGACGUAUCGCACGAUAUAUACCCAUACCUACCUACGGUAGGCACAAUAUAAACGUUUUGUUAUCUACAAAACGACAAUGCUUCGCUUGAUGGUUCGUUAGCACCACCAAGUUUCAGCUGUUUCAGUCAGUUUAGUUUCCGCGUUGAAAAUAGUGCACUUCAUAUCGGUUGGGAAAUCGCUUUUUUGUGAAAGUGCUUUACACAAAAAAAAUAUCGUAAGGAACUGUGACAGUUGAUUCAACACGAUUCAGUUUGCAUCUCGUAGUGGAUCUAAUUGCUCCAACCGGAGCCCGUACACACAGUUACAAAGUGCAACUCGAGCGCGUUACGUAGCACAACAUCGACCGUUGUUGACCGACCCCUUCCCGAGAAAUGGCAUCUCUGCGAUUGCUGUCGCCCGAACUGGCGGAAAAGGCCCGCACGGAACUGAACGAGGUUCCCGCCCGGAUUCCGGAAGAUAUUGCCGUGCUGAAAGCGUGGCUAGCUAAGCAACCGCACCUGAAUCCACGCUGUGACGAUCAGUUUUUGGUAGGCUUUUUGCGGGGAUGCAAAUACAGCCUCGAGAAGACGAAAGAAAAGCUGGACACUUACUAUACGGUUAAAUCGGCCAUUCCGGAAUUUUUCGACAAUCGUGAUCCGGCCGAUGGGAAAAUUCAGGAGAAUGCUGCUCUCGGGGUCAAUUUACCACUUCCCUAUACCAUGGGAGCUGACGGUCCUCGGAUUGUGCUUGUACGGAUGGGUUGCUAUGAUCCUAGCAAAUACUCCAUCGUUGACAUAAUGAAAGUUUGUUACAUGAUUACCGAUCUUCUGUUGGUGAAUGAUGACAUUUCAGUGAUCGCAGGUCACAUGGUGAUGGUUGAUCUGCGAGGAUUGAGCCUGUCAGCGUUGGCGCAGUUCAGCCCCACCCUGAUCAAAAAGAUGACAUCCGUUAUCGAAGGCUUUCCGAUUCGAACCAAAGGAAUUCAUUUCGUUAAUCCAUCGGCGGGCUUCGAUACUCUCUACAAAAUGUUCCACGGCUUUUUGAGUAAAAAAAUCCAGGAACGGGUUGUGGUGCAUGACACAUUCGAAUCGUUACACAAAGUGAUCCCUAAAAAGUAUUUGCCCGAAGAGUAUGGAGGUAGUGGUGGAAAACUGGCCAGCAUUAUCGAAGACUGCCGGAACGAACUCGUAGCAUAUCGGGACUUUUUCAUCGAAGAUGCACGCUAUCGGAAUGACGAAAGAAAACGACCCGGAAAACCAAAGAAUGCCGGCACUCUGUUCGGUGUUGAUGGUUCCUUCCGAUCGUUGGAGUUUGAUUGAAUUUUGUGUGAACAUAGAAAAAAAAGAGUGUGUUUUAUUGUGGCAUUUUAUAAUACAAGAAAUUUUAUUUGUUGAUUGUAAAUUGACCUAGGCUUUUAGAUUGUUUCGCUACUUACACCUGAGGUUAAUCAAGUUCAAGUUUUCUAAACGUCCCAUCAAUACCGAAAUUGUCACUAAUUCUUGAAGAAGCCGACAAAAAUGAUUUGUUAGCUUGUAAACCGCUAAGUUCUCCGAUUUGACUAUCCCGAAGCUUACCCAUUUCGAGUAAAUAAUCACGAUUAUUUCGUAGUCCAUUCUCCCAAACAUCUACGUACUUUUGAAUGGGUUCUAGAGUUCCUCCAUACUCCACUGGAAGUACACU